AUGACGCUACAUUGUGCCAUGGUGCUACACCCUGUGUCAAGGUGCUACACCCUGUGCCAAGGUGCUACACCCUGUGUCAAGGCCCUACACCCUGUGCCAAGGUGCUACACCCUGUGCCAAGGCCCUACACCCUGUGCCAAGGUGCUACACCCUGUGCCAAGGCCCUACACCCUGUGCCAAGGCCCUACACCCUGUGCCAAGGUGCUACACCCUGUGCCAAGGUGCUACACCCUGUACCAAGGCCCUACACCCUGUGCCAAGGUGCUACACCCUAAGCCAAGGCCCUACACCCUGUGCCAAGGCCCUACACCCUGUACCAAGGCCCUACACCCUGUACCAAGGUGCUUCACCCUGUGCCAAGGCCCUACACCCUGUGCCAAGGUGCUACACCCUGUGCCAAGGUGCUACACCCUGUGUCAAGGCCCUACACCCUGUACCAAGGUGCUACACCCUGUGCCAAGGUGCUUCACCCUGUGCCAAGGCCCUACACCCUGUGCCAAGGCGCUACACCCUGUACCAAAUCCGUACACCCUGUACCAAGGUGCUACACCCUGUGCCAAGGUGCUACACCCUGUACCAAGGUGCUUCACCCUGUACCAAGGCCCUACACCCUGUGCCAAAGCCCUACACCCUGUACCAAGGUGCUACACCCUGUACCAAGGUGCUACACCCUGUACCAAGGCCCUACACCCUGUACCAAGGCCGUACACCCUGUACCAAGGUGCUACACCCUGUGCCAAGGUGCUACACCCUGUGCCAAGGUGCUUCACCCUGUACCAAGGUGCUACACCCUGUGUCAAGGCCAUACACCCUGUACCAAGGUGCUACACCCUGUGCCAAGGUGCUACACCUCACACCCAGCGCCACUGA